AUCAGGUUGAAUCAGUUGACUAGAACGCUUGAAAGCGCGAGGAACUAAAUUCGGAGAGCUAAACGGGAGCCGAGACAUUGUGAAAGUAGAAGAUAGUUUUAAGAAAAGAAGUUAUCGUGUGUAUUAUAAGUGUACGGGUUUGGAAGCAACAGUGAAUAGAGUAUUUUGGGGAAGUGCAUCAAACUUAGUGUAAAGUGAAUGAUCAAACUGCAAGCCCCAGUAACGGUCCGAUGACGUUCGAAGAGUUUUGUGGUGGUCCCUUUUGGGACGAUGACCUCACGUGGCGAGAGGAGGAUCCGGAUCUGACCUUCUGCUUCCAGCGCGUCAUCCUACAAUGGACACCGUGUUUCUUUCUGUUCGUGUUUUCCAUGUACGAGGUACUUCGGAUCGUGACCAGCCGGUAUCGAGACAUACCGUGGAACUGGUUCAACAUCACGAAGAUGAUCUUCACCUUCGCGCUGAUGGUGAUGUCAUGGGUUGACCUCGGCGUGGUCGUCCAAAACCUGGACGAGCCGGAGGUGUUCGAUGUACAGAUACUGGUGGCAAUCUUCAACGCACUUGCUUAUAUUAUGGCAAUGGCACUGUAUUUCUUCUACCGCAAGUACGGCAUUCGUAGCACGGGCACCAUGUUUAUCUUCUGGUUCCUGAAGGCCUUCUUCGGCAUCAUCCAGAUGCGCACGGAAGCGAUGCUGCACGAUGUGCGCGGCUCCGGCACGGGCGACUUUGCCGAAUUCCAGUUCGUCAGCUACACGAUCCAGUACACGUUCGUGUGUUGCGUGUUGCUACUGGAGCUGUUCCCCGACAAGGAACCGCGGUACAGUGAGUGGGCUAAGCUGAAGAACCCAAACCCCGAGCUACGGUCCAGCUUCUUCUCGCGGCUGUUCUACCUGUACUUCGAUUCGUACGCGUGGCGUGGAUUCCGCAAACCCCUCACCGACGAUGACAUGUACGAUCUCAACCCGGAAGAUACGUCGCGCGCGUUAGUGCCACCGUUCGAUAAGUACUGGUACGAGAGUGUGGAGAAGGGACGUCGCAAGCAGAUCGCAGCGGAUAAGAAGGCCGGAAAAACGAACCUGGUGUACAAACCGAACGCGGCAACGAAUGGUUCGGUACUGCCAGCGAUGGUGAAAGCGUACGGUGGUCCGUUCUGGUUUGCCGGUAUGCUGCAGUUUGCCAUCUCGGGGCUGCAGUUCGCAUCGCCCUACUUGAUGCAGGAGAUUAUGGCCGUGAUUGCGCUGGAUGGCCCGUUCUGGAAGGGCAUGAUUAUUACGCUUGGCCUGUUCCUAACCUCGCUGCUGAUAGCGCUGUUCAACGGGCAGUACUUCCACCGUACCUUCCUCGUUGGGUUCCGCAUUCGGACGGGGCUGAUCAGUGCGAUCUAUCGCAAGGCGCUACGAAUUUCAAGCUUCGCCAAGAAGGACACAACGGUUGGUGAGAUCGUUAACUUGAUGGCGGUCGAUGCACAGCGUUUCUUUGAGUUGACAUCGUAUCUGCACGUGUUGUGGUCGGCUCCUUUAAUUAUUGCACUGUGCAUUUAUCUGCUGUACGAGCUGCUCGGUCCGGCCGUGUUUGCCGGGUUGGGUGUGAUGGUGAUUAUGAUCCCAAUUACCGGUUUCAUCGCAACGCGUAUGCGUGAUCUGCAAGUGGAGCAGAUGAAGAUCAAGGACGAGCGAGUGAAAAAGAUGAACGAAAUCCUGGGUGGCAUUAAGGUGCUGAAGCUUUAUGCCUGGGAGCCAAGCUUCCAGGAUACGGUAGUGACGGUGCGUAACGAGGAGCUGGAUGUGUUGAAGAGUGCCGCCUACUAUGGAGCGGGUACUUACUUCGUGUGGACGAUGGCACCGUUCCUGGUGACACUGGCCUCCUUUGCCGUGUUCGUAAUGAUCGACGAGGAGAACGUGCUUGAUCCUCAGACGGCAUUUGUGGCGCUGGCACUGUUCAACAUUCUACGAUUCCCAUUGGCGAUGUUCCCGAUGAUGAUUACGUUCGCCAUGCAGGCGUGGGUAUCGAUCAAGCGUAUCGACAAGUUCAUGAACAGCGAGGAGCUCGAUCCCAACAACGUUACGCACAACAAGAGUGAAAAUGCGCUCGAGGUAAAGGAUGGAACGUUCUCGUGGGGCGAUGAUGCACCGACACUGAAGAACAUUAAUCUGGCGCUGCGUAGAGGAAAGCUGUCGGCUGUGGUUGGUGGUGUCGGUACGGGCAAGAGCUCACUGAUAUCGGCACUGUUGGGUGAGAUGGAGAAGAUGAAGGGAUCGGUCAAUACGGACGGGUCGAUCGCGUACGUUCCUCAGCAAGCGUGGAUCCAGAAUGCGACACUUCGGGAUAACAUCCUGUUCGGCCGACCGUUCGAUCAGGCCAAGUACGAUAAAGUGAUUGAGUGUUGUGCAUUGCGUCCGGAUCUGGAGAUGCUGCCCGGUGGUGAUACGACGGAAAUCGGUGAGAAGGGUAUUAAUCUUUCUGGAGGACAGAAGCAGCGGGUAGCGUUGGCACGAGCAGUGUAUGCUGACUCUGAAGUGUACCUGUUUGACGAUCCGUUGAGUGCUGUGGACGCCCACGUAGGCAAACACAUCUUCGAGAAGGUGAUCGGUCCGUCGGGAAUGCUGGUUGGUAGAUCGCGGCUUCUUGUAACGCACGGUAUAUCGUUCCUUCCCUUUGUGGAGGAAAUAUUCGUCAUGAAGGAUGGAGAAAUCUCCGAGAGUGGAUCAUACCAGGAACUUCUCGACCAGAAGGGCGCAUUCGCCGAAUUCCUCACGCAGCACAUUCAGGAGAUGGACGACGAGGAUGAGGAUGAGUUGAAACUAAUCCAGGAGGCACUUAAAGAUGGUGAAGCGAAGAAGAUUGUACAGCGCGCAAUGUCCACACGCUCGCAGCGAUCGGGCAGUAGCAAUGGUAGCGUGCGCAAGAAGCGUGUAAGCCGUGCCGAAUCACGCAACAGCAACAAACCGCGAGCAGUGGAACAAACGGUCGCGCAACAGUCCUCUGCCACCCUGAUCGAAAAGGAAGAGUCGGCAACAGGUGCUGUCGGUUACGUAGUGUACAUUAAGUACUUCAAAGGCAUUGGACUGUGGCUUGGAUUUUGGUCGAUCUUCUUCAGUGUCAUCAAUCAGGGAGCAUCGAUCUACGCGAACAUUUGGCUCACCGAUUGGUCAGAAGAUCCAGAAGCUGCAACAGACCCAUCGGUGCGUGAUAUGUACCUCGGUGUGUACGGUGGUCUGGGAGGAGCACAAUCGAUCGCACUGUUGAUCGCUUCCGUAACGCUGGCACUGGGAUGUAUUAAGGCGGCCCGUGAACUGCACAACAAUCUGCUGGAAAGCUCCAUGCACAUGCCUAUGUCGUUCUUCGACACGACACCACUCGGUCGUAUAAUGAACCGGUUCUCGAAGGAUGUGGACGUGGUGGACAACAUUCUUCCACAGUCUAUCCGUGCCUGGUUGCUGAUGUUCUUCAACGUGAUCGGUGUGUUUGUGGUGAUCGGUAUCUCUACGCCCAUCUUCUUGGCAGUCGUUCCCGCCUUCCUGGUGGUAUACUAUCUGAUCCAGAAGUUCUACAUUGCCACUUCGCGACAGCUGAAGCGUUUGGAAUCGGUGACGCGUAGCCCGAUCUAUUCACACUUCGGGGAGAGUAUUACGGGUCAGAGCACUAUUCGGGCCUAUGAACAGCAGGAUCGGUUUAUGAACGAAUCGGAACAACGUGUGGACUACAAUCAGCUCACAUCCUACCCGAGUAUCAUUGCCAACCGUUGGCUAGCAGUGCGGCUUGAGUUGGUUGGAGCUCUGGUUGUGUUCUUUGCGGCACUGUUCGCCAUGGUUGCACGUGAUACCAUCGGACAGGCAACGGUCGGACUGUCGAUCAGUUACGCUCUGCAGAUAUCGGCCACGCUAAGUUUCCUCGUGCGUAUGACGGCUGAAGUGGAGACGAACAUUGUUGCUAUUGAGCGGUUGGAGGAGUACACGGUGCUUCCACGAGAGGCUGAGUGGCAACUGGGACAUGUGGACAAGGCAUGGCCAGUGGAAGGAAAGGUUGAGUUCAAGGACUAUCAGAUUCGGUACCGCGAGGGACUUGAUCUGGUCAUUCGAGGCAUCUCGCUCAACGUUCGAGGAGGCGAGAAGAUCGGUAUCGUUGGACGUACUGGAGCAGGAAAGUCCAGUCUUACACUUGGUCUCUUCAGAAUUGUUGAAGCGGCCGGUGGACAAAUCAUCAUCGACGGACUCGACAUCUCCAAAAUGGGGCUGCACCAGUUGCGAGGACGACUGACUAUCAUCCCACAAGAUCCAGUGUUGUUCUCCGGUACUCUCCGAGCAAACGUGGAUCCUUUCAAGAGCUACAGCGAUGAUCUGGUAUGGAAGGCUCUAGAGUUGUCUCAUCUGAAGACGUUUGUCAAAGGGUUGGCAGCAGGAUUAGAUCAUGAGAUUGCGGAGAACGGAGAGAACCUCUCGGUCGGUCAAAGACAGCUGAUCUGCUUGGCACGUGCUGUGCUACGCAAAACAAAGGUGUUGAUUCUGGAUGAGGCUACAGCGGCGGUGGAUCUGGAAACGGAUGACUUGAUUCAGAAAACAAUCCGUACGGAGUUCGCCGACUGUACGAUCCUCACGAUCGCUCAUCGUUUGAACACGAUCCUCGACUCAGAUCGCGUGCUGGUGCUCGACAAGGGACUGGUAGCGGAGUGUGACUCACCACAGAUCCUGCUCGCGAACCGGGAAUCGAUCUUCUUCGGCAUGGCCAAGAACGCCGGUAUUGUAAGCUAGGAUCACUGCCAGACUGCAUUGAUGCCUGGUGAAUCUCGAAUCGAUAUCGGCUUGUCUCGUACAA